AAGAAACUUUCCAUUGGAAGAGUAAUUGAAGGUAACCAAGAAAAUGAAUGUUGUAGUAGCAUCUCUUGUGGAACCAUUACAAAUACCACACAACUACUACUGGAAAAAAUCCCAAAUCAAGAAAAACCCAAAAUGUGUUUUUGCCUCCUCAUCCAGUGGAGGUGUUAGUUCUCUGGUAAUUGAAACAAAUCAAGAUCAGCAGCAGCAGAUUUCAACUUCUACAGAAACCCCAACAACAACCCUUUCGUCAGUUGCAGCUCGUCGACUCAUAUUGCUUCGACAUGCGAAGAGUUCUUGGGAGAAUCGAUCCAUCCGGGAUCACGACCGUCCUUUGAGUAGGUCUGGACAACUUGAUGCUAUCAAGGUCUCGCAAAACCUUCUAAAACUGGGCUGGAUUCCACAACUUAUUUUAUCAAGUGAUGCUCUGCGAACACGGGAAACACUGAAAAUAAUGCAGGAGCAAGUCCAAGCCUUUUUGGAAGCUGAAGUACAUUUUAUUUCAAGCUUUUAUUCUGUUGCAGCAAUGGACGGGCAGACAGCUGAGCACCUACGGCAAGCAAUAUGUAAAUACUCGAGGGAUGAGAUCUUAACAGUCAUGUGUAUGGGACACAAUAGAGGAUGGGAGGAGGCAGCCUCGGUGUUGGCAGGUGUUACUGUAGAACUAAAGACUUGUAAUGCUGCUUUGCUUGAAGCCACUGGGAAGUCGUGGGAAGAGGCAUUUUCUCUGGCUGGACCUGGAGGGUGGAAGCUUCAAGGGCUCGUGAAGCCAGACACUGCUGUUUAGACUUAUCUCAGUUUAACGAGUAUAUAAUCAGCCGUUGAGAGACCAACAGCCCAGAAAAGGACAGAUUGAAGAGAUCGAAUUACAAAUUUUCGAUUGCUCGUUGCAAAGCUUAUUCAAGUAUCUUACUACCACCACUGUACAGGCCUUACAUGCUCAAGGGAUGAGAUUAAUAUUUCUUAAGCAUCACUUGGUACUUCACUUAUGACUGGGCUGGUCAUUACUGAUGUAUUUAUUUUGGACAAAAAAAGUUUAUUGACAAACAGAUACACCAUGAGAAGAUACACAUCCAUCUUUUAAUGUGUUGCUUUAAUUGUAAAAUUAAAUAAAACAAUCUCACUUUUGUAUCAUGAGAAAUCAAUCAUUUUUGGUCCA